CCGGCGAGUUUCGUUCUUUUCCGGUUAGGCCAUACUGAUAGAGCCAAGAUGUUGAUGCCCAAGAAGAACAGAGUUACAAUCUACGAGUACCUCUUCAAAGAGGGAGUCAUGGUUGCCAAGAAAGAUUUCUUUGCACCUAGACAUCCCAAUAUCAAUGUACCCAAUUUACAUGUUAUCAAAGCUCUAACAAGUUUAAAAUCAAGAGGAUUAGUGCGAGAACAGUUUGCAUGGCGUCAUUAUUACUGGUACCUGACCAAUGAGGGCAUCCAAUUCUUACGUGACUUCCUUCACCUCCCCCCAGAGAUUGUCCCAGCCACUUUAAAAAGACAACAGAGAUCAGAAACAGUACGACCCAGAAUUUCUACCAAACCUUCUGGUGAUGGCGCUGGACGAGGUGGUGGAGCUCAUGCUGAUAGAGGAGAAUACAGAAAAUCAGGACCACCUGGAGGUGAUAAGAAGGCUGAUGUUGGUGCUGGAGCCAACCCAGAAUUUAAAUUCAGAGGAGGUUUUGGAAGAGGAGCCCCACCCUCAUCUGGCAACCAGUAAAUACAUACUUCAUGUAUAAAAUAAGAAAAAUAUUUGAAAAUUAAAAAAAAGUCAUAAAACUCAUAGAUCUUUUUUCUUUCCAAUAAACCAAUGCUCAG